CCCUCGGUGCGCCCGACGGGCUCUGCGCCUUCUAUGACCUGGAGUGGAUGCAGAUUAAUAUUGUGGAGGACAGGGCGCAAGCGAGUCACCCAGAAAGGACCCAGAGCCCCAUGGACGUGCUGCUGAUCAAGCUUGACACUGAUAAACAGGUCAUUGCACUUGAAAGUAAGGUCCAGCCGUUUAUCCCAUCUGAAGAAGGAGCAGAAAAGGAACUUGUUGGUGUUGAGGAAGGAAAGAGCCUGGACUGUAAAGCCAGUAGUGAUUCGUUGGUUUCAUGCAAUAAAGAGCAGGAAUACGUGACUCCAUCUGAGCAAACUUCUACCAAAACCCCCAGAUCUCUAAAAUCUCCAAUUAGCUCUUCGUAUCAGAAAAAAGUUUUCAGCUGUGAUUUGUGCCCAUUCACCUCGCUCAGAAUAUCAAGUCUUAACCGUCACGUGAAAACCCAUUCUGAUGAAAAACCUCACGUGUGUCACCUCUGCCUUAAGGCUUUUCGUACAGCAACUCUCCUGCGUAACCACGUGAAUGCACAUACAGGGACCAGACCAUAUAAAUGCUGUGACUGUGAUAUGGCAUUUGUGACCAGUGGUGAGCUUGCAAGACACAGACGUUACAAGCAUACUUUAGAAAAGCCUUUCAAGUGUUCAAUAUGUAAAUAUUCUAGCGUGGAAGCGAGCAAGCUGAAGCGGCACAUCCGUUCGCACACAGGAGAGCGUCCCUACGCCUGCUGCCUUUGCAGUUACGCGAGCAAAGACACAUAUAAACUGAAAAGACACAUGGUGACCCAUUCAGGUGARAAGCCAUAUGAAUGUUACAUUUGCCAGGCCAGAUUCACUCAAAGUGGUACAAUGAAAAUCCAUAUAUUACAAAAGCAUGGUGAAAACGUGCCAAAAUACCAGUGUCCACAUUGUAGCACGUUUAUUGCACGAAAAAGUGAUCUGGGUGUCCACUUGCGAAAUCUGCAUUCCUACAUGGCRGUGGCAAUUAAAUGCAGUUACUGUGAAGCUGUUUUUCAUGAGCGCUACGCUCUUACUCAGCACAAGAAGACCCACAGAAAUGAGAAAAGGUUCAAAUGUGAUCAGUGCAACUAUGCAUGCAAGCAGGAACGACACUUGAUUGUCCAUAAACGAACCCACACUGGUGAGAAGCCCUUCACUUGCCUGUGCUGCAGCAAAAGCUUUCGACGCAAGCAGCUUCUCACAGUGCACUUCAGGAAGCACCACGAUUCCAAUUUUAAACCUCCAGUUUAUGAAUGCCCUAAAUGUGGUAAGGGCUAUUCACGCUGGAGUAAUAUGCAUAAACAUACUGAAAAUUGUGGAUUGGUGAGAGAAAAAGCUGUUGCAUCCAGAAAAAGAAGCAAGGGCAAAAAGAAAAAACGUGAGAACCUAAGGCAUGUGAAACAAGAAGUUGGCUUGGAGUCUUUUCAAGAUGUCUCCACUGUGAAAGAUGAACAUUGUGCUAUUGAGGUUGUUCCUGUUUUAGAUGGAAUAGAAAGAGCAGCUCCGAGCAAACAGAAGACAGAAGUGACAUGCGAAAUGCUUCUCAGCAUGAUGGACAAAUAAAGCAUGGACAGACCCUGGUUCUCCCUUUUAAUGCUGUUUGUAGCUGACCUGUUCAACGUGCGUAGCUAUGUCCAGUUAGUAAGCUAGAAAUGAUAUUGGUUGAAAGCUGUUGGAAUCCUUCUGUACUUGUUUUUUCUUCUUGUUGCAAUUUAUAUUCUGUAAUAUUAUUUGUAGCCAAAUAAAAAGUAGGCUAAAGAAAUGUGAAAGUUCUAAGAAGAUUUCACCUGUUGUAUUCCAUUCACAUACUGCAUUAACAUAGUAACAGAACAAAGGGGRAAAAAGAUCUAUUUUCAAAGUAAUUUAUUAUAAAAUGGGUAAGAUUUUUUCAACUUUCAUUUUAUUUUUCUGUCGGAUUUACUCAGAAUGGCAUACUGAUCUAAAGCAGAUCUUUUUCCCUCCGUAGCUCUGUACAAAUGAGAGCUGCUCCUGGUAAAAUAUUAAAGUUUCUGUAAGUUUUAGGGUACAGUUUCAACAGCUGACUCAAACUAAUGCAAGACCAUGCUGCCACUGAAAGGGCUUGCUUUUCACCAUGCCCCCUGGGCAGAAUUUUCUUUCUUCUUUCCUGCUUCACCUCUGGCAACCAUAUAGCUGGGAAGGCGGCUUGGAUCAGCCUGCUCAUCUAAUGAAAAACUCCCUUUUUUGAUGGCUUAGUUCUCAGUCAGAUCAGGAACCUCUGGACUGACACUUCACACCCCUGCAUGAUCAUUAGGGCUCUUGAAAGAUGAAGCAGCAGCAAAGCAGCAUGAGUGCUGGGGACACAGCAGUGUGCUGGACCUCCCCAUUCUAGGAGUGCCUAGAAUACCUUUACAUCUGCUUAAGCUAACUUAGAUCUUUUUAAGUGAUAAUUUUAAUGCUACUAAGAACAGGAGAUGACAACUAUUCUUUUUUCUACAGCAGUCAUGUAAGGGUUUCCAUGUAUUGACUGCAGUUCUGCUCAGACAUUCAGUACAAGAUUCAAUGCACACCUGUGAUUUUAAUUAGGUCUUCAGUAAAGCCUSUGUGUGCUAUUUCUGAAAGCUUCAUAUUUAUGCUAUAUUUCAGAAGCAGAAAAAGUCUGUCAAAUAUAAUGCUCUUUUUUCAGUUCCUAAGAACUAGAUGUCUUACUCCUCAUUCAUGAUUAAUUAAUAUAUUUAGAGUAAUUACAGAAAGUACUGUUGAUUUUUAUGACUAGUUACAAUGAUACAGUUGUCAUACACUGCUGACUCAAUGCUGGGUCAUGUCAUGAGCAAAUAGUUAUAAUUAAUGUCAAAUACUUAUGCUAAUUUCAAUAUACAUUCAUAAUUAAGUUAAAAGCACGCUAACAAAAAACUUGCCCAAUGUAAGUUCAGACUGAUGCUGUCUUGAUUUUUGCCUGUUGAGCAAGCUGCUUGAUAGUUGUGUUUAUGUGGUGAGGGGCAGUAAAAUCUGCUGUUUACUGCGUGUUCCARAUGAACUGCAGUUU